GGAGAGGGGGCUGAGCUCCGGGUGGCCUCAGCUCCCUGCAGGACAGCGCUGCCUGCGACCCCCCACCCUGCUCCCUGCGGGAUAACGUCCACUGUGGGCCCCCCAUCCUGCUCCUUAUGGGACAAUCUCUCCUGUGGGGCCCGCAUCCUGCUCCAUGCAGACAUCCCCCGCUCCCUGCGGGGCCCCCUUUCUGCUCCUUGCAGGACAGCGCCCCCUGCGGGCCCCCACCCUGUUCCCUGACAGCACUGCAUGCUAGGGGAGAGCACCCCCUACCGAGUCCCCACCCCACUACAUAGCGCCACACUGGGACCAUGGGGCCAGUGCUGGCUGCCAGGGACACUGAGGGUUAUGCUGCAUCAGGGCCGUGGCCCAUCGGCUGCUGGUGGUGGUGUUGGGAAAUGCUCUGUGCAGAGUAAACAGCGGGUGAAGGGCUGGGGUGUGUUUCAGGAGCCAAGCUGCAGUGAGGCAUUGAUGCCAUCAGAGGAGCUCAGAUAAUCCCCUCUAGGAGGCGCUGGCUGGGACCCAGGCGCAGGGCGUGGGGAUCAGCUGGCUUAGUGGGGUGGGGAAUGGAAGGUGGGGCCGGGAUGCUGGCUCCUGUCUGCCCCCAAUGCAGGGAACAGGACGUGGGGCCUCUUUCUUCUAGGAGAUUCUCAUCUGGCCCUGUUUGUGACCAAACAUCCCAGUAUUGCCUGGCCAGUAACGAAGCUCAAGGUGUCCUGCGGCAGUGGGAGCAGCAUGGCAAUAUUAGUCUGGGAUGCGUGUGACUCGGUUUCCCCACUCACCAUGCAGACUGCAUGUGAAGGAUUGAAUUUCUCCUGGGGGGAGAGGGAAGAAGGGUCACACAAACAGCAAUGCACUACCUAGAACUGUCCCGAUGUCACCAGAGGACAAAGGACCUCAGCAGCGGAGACCCCGUGGAGCCUCCUGGGCAGCUAUCGGGCAUGGGGCCGGGAGGUGGGAGCCAGCUGGGAUCUGAGGCGCUGGCUGCCCAUGGCUGGGGCAGAGAUGGGGAGGCCGGGUUUGGGAGCGGCAGGGCAGCCAGCGCCUCUCUCAGGUGACACUGACUUUAGGCCCCUUCAGCCCAAGUUGCGAGUGAGUAAAAGGCAGUGGCUUGGUUUGCCAGGCUGGCCUUUGCCACUGCAGAUCCCUGCUGGUGGCGUCUCUCCCGAGGGCCUGCUGGGCAGCCAGGGAGAGAAACGGGUGCUGGAUCCGACGGGCUGUCCUCGGGGGCACGGUUGGAGACACGGCUGUCACUCCUGUGAAUCCAGGCCGGGCAGCUGGCAGAGGUGGAGGGCUGACCAAGCCCCGGGGGCGCUGUAUGUUUGAGGUCUCUCCAUCCUCACCCUGCUUGGGGCCCAGGAGAUGCUGAUCCGGCACUGUCCAGCCUGGCACCAAACCCCUCGACAGCUGGAAAAUCCCCCCGGGCCAGGGCCUGCUGGGUAUUUAGGGAGGGAUGGGUGCUCCAUACAAGCGUAUCUAAGCUGCUAGGAAUGCAGCCGGUGACCGGAGAAGUGGUGGGGAAAAGUGCUCUUGGGAAAUGUUUACCCAAUAAAUUAUUUAAUGGUGGUGCAAUUAAGACUGAAGGAGGGGCGGGGAGGGGGUGGUUCCCUUCUCUUGGGAGGUUAUUAUUCACUCUGGGGCUGGGAGGUGCUGGAGAAGGUGGCAGGAGCGGAGCAGGAGAGGGAGCGAGAAGCAGCAGAGAUGCAGUGAAUGCAGAGAGAGGGGGAAGGAAGGAGAAGUGGAAGGCAGAAGGGCAGAUGGAGUGAGGUAGAGACGGGAGGGAAGGAGGAGAGGAGGAUGGCCAGGGAACUGGGAAUGGCCUGAACCAAUCUGUGUGGCACAGCAUCUCCCACCGAUUCCCGGGGCUUGGAAGGGUCCCCAGACACGCCUGGGUUCAGCUGAGGGCUUGGCGCCGUCUUGGGCUACCUAGGGUUAGGAUUAUCCGUGGUGGGGGUCUCCCUAGCCUGGGACGGGUUAGACGAGGAGGGACAGGAGAGGACGGGCUAGCAGGGCAUUGUGGAGGAGGGGCUGUAGGGUGUGAGCCCAGGGUAAGGCCCAGCUGUAUCGCCUGGCCCGGCUCUCCUGCCGCCCGCACAGAUGGAGCCGCUCCUGGCGGUGAAGAUCGGCUGCCUGGUGGCUCUGCUGUUCAUUACCCUCGUCUGCGGCCUCAUCCCGGCCCAGGUCAAGUGGUUCCAGAUCAAAGCGGCCAAAGGGCGGCACCGGCGCAUCCUGAGCUUCAUCGGCUGCUUUGCAGCGGGGGUCUUCCUGGGCGCCUGCCUCAUGCACACGGCGGCCGACGCGCUGACAGACAUCCAGGGGGAGCUGGGCAAGCGGCUGCAGCAGGCUGCCGCUGGGCAGAACCUGACGGGGACACAGAACGACUCGUCUAGGGCCAGUGCCUGUGGGGCUGAGCUGGAUUACCCCUUCGCGGAGCUCGUCAUCUCCCUCGGCUUCUUCCUUGUCUUUCUCACCGAGAGCCUGGUGCUGCACUGCUGCCACGCGGCUCCACCAUCCCACGGGGCCCCGGGCAAGGACCCUGCUUGCUCAGCCCCCAGCGUCCCCUCCGUCCCCCACUCCCACGGGGCCACGGUGCCCAGCGUCUCCUCUGUCCCACAUUCCCACGGGGUUCCGGGGCCUCACGGCCCCUCACCUGGCUCCUUCCGGGCCCUGGUGCUCUUCAUUACGCUGUCGCUGCACUCGCUCUUCGAGGGGCUGGCGGUGGGGGUGCAGCAGGGCGAGGCAGGGGCCCUCCAGCUCUGCCUGGCUGUGCUGGCCCACAAGGGCGUGAUCGCCUUCAGCCUGGGGCUGCAGCUGGUGCAAAGCGGCACCCAGCCCCGCUGGAGGCUGCUCUACCUGGGCAUUUUUGCCCUCAUGUCCCCCUCUGGCAUGGCCGUUGGCAUCGGGCUCUCGUUCUCGGGCGGGGCGGCCGGCGGGCUGGCCAUGGCCCUGGUGGAGGGGGUGGCGGCCGGCACCUUCCUGUACAUCACCUUCCUGGAGAUCCUGCCCCAUGAGCUGAGCUCCCGCGAGCCGCCCCUGGCCAAGUUCUCCUUCAUCGCCCUGGGUUUCACCGUCAUGGCCACCAUUGCUGUCUGGGCCUGAGGGGGAGGCAGGGCUGGGUGGGGGCUCCAGGGGCAGGGACGGCUCCAGGGUUUUGGCCGCCCCAAGCAGCCAAAAAAAAAAAAAAACAGCCGCGAUCAAGAUCUGCGGCGGCUAUUCGGCGGGAGGUCCUUCGCUCCAAGCGGGAGUGAGGGACUGUCCGCCGAAUUGCCGCCGAAUAGCUGGAUGUGCCGCCCUCUCCGGAGUGGCUGCCCCAAGCACCUGCUUGCCAGGCUGGUGCCUGGAGCCGGCCCUGUCCAGGGGCCAAGCCCUGCAGAGACUGACCCCAAACGGCUUGUCCCCUCUAGGGGGUGUCAGCUCCCAUCCGGCUCCAGGGCAGGGACUGGCUAGAUCAGGGGGGUGGGGAAUAGGACAUGAAGCCUUUCCCAUCUACGGCGGGGACUGGCUGUCUCAGAGGGCUGGGGGACAUGGGGCUUUCCCUUCUAGGGGGCGCUGGCUCCCAUCCGGCCCCAGAACAGGGACUGGCUGGCUCAGGGGGCUAGAGACAUGGGGCCUUUCCCUCUCGGGAGUGCUGGGUCCCAUCUGGCCCCAGGGCGGGGACUGGCUGGC